AUGACAAAAAUGUAUGAAGAAAUCAAAGCUUUUGUAAAUCGGGUUGGACUGAAGCAAUCUCAGAUAGCGGCCAUGACAGGUAUCAGUCAAUCUUACGUGAGUCGUUACUUACGAGGGGAGUUCACAGAAAUGUCAGAACGGUGUCGAAGAGCAAUGUAUGCAUGGUAUGUCUCCCACCGACAGCGUUUAGCAAGAGCUCCACGAUUUGCCUACGGUGACAAUGGAUUUAAAGGGCUUUUGGGUUCAGGAGGAGAUGCUAUGGACAUCCAGUUCACACCCAAACGGGAGAGAUUCACAUUCCGCGAGAAGCAUUUAGAAGUUUUGGAAGCUUACUUCAAAGAAAACCAAUAUCCAUCGAUGGAACUCCGCGAGGAAAUAGCUCACCUCUGUAACAUGGCUCUAAGCAGUACAGGCCGAGAACUAUGUGAGAAGGAGAAGGUUACCCCGCAGAUUGUGUCAAAUUGGUUCAACAAUCGCCGUAAGGAGAUGAAGAAGCUAGCCAAAGAAGGAGGCCUCGAUUGUUCACAAAUCCUUCUUCCAAGCAGAGUCCGUCAGAGACCUUAUGUCGUUGACCUCGAUAACCAAACUGACGGCACGAAUAGCGAACGGAUCUGCACACCCUCACCAAAACCGUCGGAAUCAGGCGAUGACCAGAACAGUUUUGCUGCGGAUGUCGCAGCUGUUAACCGAGCAAUCAGCGCUCUGUCUGGUGAGCCGAUCGAUGGUCCCAUACACGUGAAACAGGAACCGGUCAGUGACAGUGAUGAGAAGUCAACAUCUUCCCAACAUUCACAGCCCAUACCAGUGGAAUGA